AGAGAUCACAUAUAAUAUAAUUAUAUAUUAUUUUAAUAUUAAUUGUUGUUGUGUUCCCUUGCGCGCCUGGAUACGUACGUACGUAGGUUAACAUGGAGCAGGUGGAGGUGCAGGUUGCUCAGCAGCAGGAUUUGGUGAAGGACCCUCACUAUUACGUGGAGCUGGUGAAGGCAAUAUACAACGGCGACUGGGAAGCGGCGAAGGCGUUUUUUGACUUGGAUCCUUGGUCGCUGACGGCUAAGAUCACGGAGAUGCAUGACACUCCCCUCCACGUGGCGAUCAGCAGCAGCCGCUCGCCGGAGUUCAUCCGAAGGUUGGUGGAUUUGUUGCCCCAUGCUUCGCUCGGGACGGCCAAACUUUUCACCGGCUUCACGGCUUUGCACUUUGCAGCCAUGGUCGGCAACGUCGAGGCCGCACAGAUUCUGGUGCACAAGUCCCCUGAAUUGUUGCAGCAGAGGGCGUCAAGCGCCUCCUCGUUCGACCUUCCGGUUACCACUGCCGCUAGAUACAGCCAGAGGGACGCCGUCACUUAUCUGUUAUCGGUUACCCCCGAUCACACCUGGCGUCCGCUCACUGACGAUGCUCUUCCUCCCAUUAACGAUGGCGUCGUGCUUCUUAAUCUGCUCAUAUUUGAUGACUUCUAUGGACUGGCUCUCCACCUGUUGAGGAGAUUCCCUUCACUAGCUCGCGGUCGGGAAAAUUUCACACACGGCAGCGCUGCCAUAUUUACACUGGCUGAAAAGCCUCAAGCAUUUCCUAGCGGAACAAGGGUUGGACACUGCCGGCGAUUCUGGAGUCACUGCAAGUCGUCGUUGUUGAAAGUGUGCAAAACUACUUUUGCGACGACAACGGAGAUUGGGAAGGAGCACACACAGGUGAUGGAGCUGCUGAGGUUGUUGAUCUCCGAAAUCUUGAAAGCUGCAUCGACAGCAGAAGUCAAAACCCUAUUAGCGCCGGCGAUAUCGUUGGCCGCCAUGUCGGGGAUCUCCGAAAUAGUGAAGGAAAUCGUCAAAGCCUAUCCCAUGGCAAUGUGGUUUGUCGACACCCAGGGUCGCGACAUCUUUCACGUGGCUGUAAUGUACCGUCAGGAAAAGGUUUUCAACAUCAUGUACCAAAUGAGCGCCGCCAAAACCUUGGCCGCUGCCUUUGUUAACCCGACCACCGGAGAUAACUUGCUUCACAUGGCCGGCAAGCUAGGGCCCACUGACAAAAUCCCUGGCGCUGCUCUCCAACUUCAGCGGGAACUUCAAUGGUUCAAUCAGGAAGUUGAGAAGAUAGUCCAACCCACUUUCAGAGAAAUGGAUAAUAAUGAGCUGGAUACCCCAAGCGAUAUAUUUACGGAGCAACAUGAAACCCUGAUCGAGCAAGGAGAGAAAUGGAUGAAGGACACAGCAAACUCGUGCUCCCUCGUGGCGGCACUUGUAGUGACGGUAGCUUUCGCGGCUGCAUUCACUCUGCCUGGGGGUUCCAAAGACGACGGGACACCGAAUUACCUGAACAAACCGUCUCUGAUGGUGUUUUUGGCAGCGGACACUCUAGCGCUCUUCUCGUCGUCGACUUCGCUCCUCAUGUUCUUGGGGAUCCUAACCUCGAGAUAUUCGGAGAAGGAUUUCUUGAGGUCGUUACCCAUGAAGAUGGGGAUCGGGCUCUUGACGUUGUUUCUGUCUAUAGCGGCGAUGUUGAUUGCUUUUGGUGCGUCGUUGCACCUCGUUCUGUACCACAACGUGAACUGGAUAAUGGUUCCGAUCGGUCUCGUGGCAUCCGUGCCGUCACUUCUGUUUGCGUUCUUGCAGUUCCCUCUCUUGGUUGAGUUGCUCUUCUCCACGUUUGGGCCUAGCAUCUUUGGCAAGCAGAGUGACGAAAUCAUCAUGUGAUUUCUACUGCGCCCUUCCUUUCCGACAACUGCUGGAUGGUUCAUGUAUUCUAAUAUUUUUUCUUCUUCUUUAUAUUGAGUGAUUUUUGUGUGUAUUGUUUAAUAAAAUCAUUCGCCAUUAUAAAAUUAAG